UGAGCGCACAGUUAAUGUAGACGGAGAGAAGCGACACAAAGUGCAGAAGAGGGGUUGAGACGUGAACUUGCAGAGACGCCCACAUACAAAGGAGGCAGAAAGACGCGCUAUAAAAACGUGACUUGGUAUUUGAGUGUCAGUGGGGAUCCUUUACAACCUGCAAGCCACCAUGAAGCUCCCAGACGGAUUAAGCCGCGGGAAAUACUGCGCAAAGGACGUCGACGCAUUGGACUUUAUCAAAUGAUUUCUGAUCUUAAGAAAAAGACAUCUGCUUGUGGACUUUGCCGAAAUUGUUUCAUAGACCCUGUUUGUGGAGGAUGUGUGUUUGACAAGAAAAGCUUUCUUCUGGUUGUUCAGCUGGACUGAGAAGGAUAUCUGAACUAUGUAGAGCCUCCCUAAACUAUGGACCUCAUGACCUUCAGAGUUCAGUGAUGUUAGCUUUGAACCACUACAACUGCUCAGCCUCCCCGCUCCUCCCUCGUUUCUCCAAUGACAGUGCAGGGAAGGUGGAGGCCAGGGUGGCUGUUGAAGUGCUGUCGCAGCAGGGAAACCUCACCAGCCCACUGCAGCCCACCACCAGUGGCGUCAUUGUCGUCAUAUUGUCCAUGACACUGGGCAUCAUCUCCAACAUUGUGGCCCUCUUCAUCCUGGCCAAUGCUUACUCCCUGCAGCGCCGACGCACCAAAGCCACAUUCCUUCUGUUCGCCACUUCACUGGUGGUCACAGACUUCAUUGGCCACGUGAUCCCUGGUGCCCUGGUUCUCCGACUCUAUCUCUCCGGAGGUGUGCACCCUGAGAACUUCAACUCCUCCGAUAGGAUGUGUCAGUUCCUGGGUGGCAGCAUGGUGUUCUUCGGCCUGUGCCCACUCUUCAUGGGCAGUGCCAUGGCAGCUGAGCGCUGCCUGGGUGUCACUAAGCCACUGCUGCACUCAUCCCUAGUCACCAAAACCCGGACAAAGAUCUGCCUGUCUGCCAUCUGGCUGGCAGCUCUGUGUGUGGCCAUGCUCCCCUGCUUUCAGCUGGGCUCUUACGCCUACCAGGACCCAGGGACCUGGUGUUUUAUCAAAGUGCUCAGUGACACUCAGGAGGUGGACGUGGCGUUUGUGGCGCUGUUCUCCAGUCUGGGUCUGACCUCACUGGCCGUGGCGCUGGUGUGUAACACCAUCAGUGGACUGACCCUGGUGCUCGCUCGGCUCAGGAGGAAGCCCGGCUCCCAUCACUCAGCAAAGUCCCAUGACAUAGAGAUGGUGGUGCAGCUGGUCGGCAUCAUGGUCACCUCAUGUAUCUGCUGGAGCCCUCUGCUGAUCUUCGGCCUGAUGUCGGUGAUCCGCUCCUACACAGGAACUAUUGCAGAGGACUUGUCCAGCUAUAAAACCCUGAUGGUGAUGGGCGUGAGGCUGGCCACAUGGAACCAGAUUCUAGACCCCUGGGUCUACAUCCUGCUGCGGCGCACUGUUCUCCGUAAAAUCUACCUCAUCGCUAAGUGCCAGGCAGGACUGAGGGGGAAUAUAAUGGUCCGCUGGGAGCCCACCUCUUUUCCCAGUACAGAGAAGAAUCAAGUCAAACAAGUUUGAGCUGAGAGAAAGACUCGUAAAGUACUUUGUCACCAGGUCAUUGAACAUACGAAGAAGAAAGAAGCAAAUAAAGACACUUGCUUAAUGGAUUCAAUCAAAAAUAUCUCUUUCAUACUCCAUCAAAGUGUACCAGUAAGUUCAUUGUCUGGCCUUACCAAUGGAAGCUAGCUAAUGCUAUGAUUUUGCACAUAAACUUUCUACUGUUUACUUAUAAUAAGUGAACAUUCCUUAGUUUAAUUGUAUUCUCGUUUGGAAACUCAUAGUAACAAAGGACCACAGCGUAUGAACGCAGUAAUAACCGCGCUCUGUGCUGAGAGACUCUAAGGUUUGCAGGAGUGAUUAUUAUAAAGGGAAUGAGUAUUAUUUAGUUUUAUAUUUCAACUACAUUUUCACCAUCUUUGGAAGUAAAAAACAAAUUGCACAGUGAUUGCUCAAACAUUAAUGUGGAAGAAUUGAGCUGUAUGGGUAUAACCACCAGAAGGAGCUCCAGAGUAAAACCAGAAGUAUUAUAAGAUUGUAUUUGUGAUGUUAAUUUUUCUGCUGAAUGUAUUUCAUGAAGGAUUGUUAAUAUUUAAAUAUUGUGGAGUGUUUGUAAGUUUAGGUUUAAAUAUACUUUCCACAGUGCUUUAUGUGAAGUAAUGUAAUAUUUGAAAAGUUAAUACUUGAAUUGAACCCUCAAUUUAAUGAGGAUAUGUAAAGAACUUUGAAUUGAAUGUAAAUAAAACAAUGCAAUGUGACCUUAAAUAUAUAUUUUUAAAUAAUUGACAAAUUGUCUUUUACUAACAAAUACAACUGUUAUAUAUAUUAUACAUUAUUAUUCUGGGAGCUAUAUAGUGCUCAUAAACAUAGACAGUAUUAAUUUAUUCAGAGUCCAAUUACAACAAAGCAUUUAAUGCCGUACUUCAGCGUUCUCUCUGCUUUCCUGAGUUUUAAUGAUAAAACAUUUGUAUUGUGUGAUCUGCAGGGGUUUCCUGCUGAUUCAUUCUGGA